AUGACUUCCCGACAUCCAUACAACACACACAGUAAUCAGAAACUUCUCAUGGAUCAGUUGGAACAGAACCAAGUUGUUAUAAGGGAAGACAUGACCACUGUGAAGGCCCAAAUGGGUCAGCUUAUUAAAGCCAUACAAGCUUUGGCUAGAGGACAAGAGGAAAUGCGUCAGUCUAAUAUGAGAGCCGCCACUACUAACCCUGCUAUUGUGACCAUGCCAGUGAAUCCACUAGGAGGAGCUAAUACACCUGUUAUGACUCAACCACUUGCCGAAAGAGGUCUAGUGUAUCAAAAUGUUGCUCAGACAUUCAACAUCCCUGUCAGUGGGAGGGCUCAACCUGAGAUCGAAUAUAACCAAGAUGCUUUCUUCACUACAAUGGCUGAUUUAGUUUAUGACGCUUUUGGUCCUUCUCCUGUGGACAUCGAAAGAAAGUUUUGUAUGAUGGAAGAGAGAUUCAAGGCAAUAGAGGGUCUUGAUACCUUUGGGUUGGAUACCGCCGACAUGUGCCUAGCACCAGGCGUGAAAAUUCCUACUAAGUUCAAAGACAUUCUUAGUGGGGCUUCCCUGGAAUGGUAUAUGCAACUCGAGCGCAUGCGUAUACGAACCUGGAGGGAACUUGCUGAAGCCUUCCUAAAGCAGUAUCAGUAUGAUUCAGACAUGGCUCCCAAUCAGACUCAGCUCCAAAACCUUGUUCAGAAAUCAGAUGAAUCAUUUAAAGAAUACGCCCAACGUUGGAGGGAUCUAGCUGCCAGAGUUCAACCUCUUUUUCUUGAAAGAGAACUGGUAUAUAUGUUCAUGGACACCCUUCAAGGACCGUACCUUGAUAAGAUAAUUGGAAGCGCUACCUUAAGAUUCUUAGACCUGGUCAUCGCUAGUGAGAGAAUCAAGAACUGCUUGAAGAUCGAUAAAAUACAAGAUACAAUAGUUACGGCUAGUGGAGAAAAGAAAUCCCAUUCUGGAUUCCCAAAGAAGAAGGAAGGGGAAACUAAUGCUGCCAUAAUUGCUAAAGAGGAAGCUGAAGCCUACCAAAUGCUAUACUAUCAGGUGGAAACAGUAGCACCUAACAUGUAUCAGCAACCAACAUAUGAUAUUCCUACUGGUCCUCCACUAGUACGGUAUCGACAGUCAUAUGCUCCGCAACGGAAGAAUCCUUAUCAAGAGGGGAAGCAAAAAUCGAGGAAGCUAGAGAGAAGGAUGAAUUUGAUCCCUAUGUCAUACAAUCAACUGCUUGCUCACUUGCUUCGAGACUCUUUGGUGCAAUUUAGAGAGUUGAGACCUCCCCCAAUACCUCUACCUCAAGGAUAUGAUGCAAAUGCUAGGUGUGAGUUCCAUUCUGGAGCACCUAGGCAUACUGUCAAGAAUUGUAGAGCCCUGAAGCAUAAGGUCCAAGACUUGAUCGGCUCAAAAGAUAUCUCGUUUGCGCCAGCUGUUCCAAAUGUAACGAACAACCCCAUGCAGGCAAUCACAUAUGCAAUACCAUAG